AUGAAGACCGCCGCUAUUCUACCCUCCCUCUUCGCUCUAGCCUCUGCGCAUGGCUUUGUCCAGCAGAUCUGGCUCGGUGAGAACGUCGUCAGCACCUGGAAUCCUUACAAGGAUCCCUCGAAGGAAGACCUCAACAAGAUCACACGCAAGUUUGACGACAACGGGCCAGUCACGGAUGGAACCUUCGAAACGGAUGCCAUCACCUGCAACGUCUUUGAGUCCGGCAACAACGUUCCAGUUAGCGCUACGGCUGAAGUUGCCGCUGGAAGUGUAGUCAAGUUUAUGUGGACGGAUUGGCAGAGUGACCACCCGGGGCCAAUGAUGACCUACCUCGCCAAUUGCAAUGGUCCAUGCAGUGAGUUUUCCGGCAGUGUUGGCAACGUCUGGGUCAAAAUCGACCAAGCCGGCUACGACCCAAACGAGGAAGUUCCAUGGGCCAGCAAGAGACUCACCACGCAGAAUAGCACAUACACCCUCACUCUCCCAUCAACCAUCGCCCCCGGAGAGUACCUGUUGAGACACGAGAUCCUUGGCCUGCAGCGCACGAACAAGGACGGCAGCUUGGCCCAGUUCUACCCCAGCUGCCACCAGAUCACGAUCACUGGCAGUGGAAGCACCGAGCUCCCGGAAGGCAUUGCGCUUCCUGGGGCUUACAAGGCUGACGAUACUACUUCCAUCUUCCUCGAGUACCGUGAUGUCUCGGCCAGCAACCCGUACACCCCUCCGGGAGGACCAGUCUGGGGUGACGAUGGGUGGGCGAGCUAG